AGCAAGCAAGCAAGCAAGCAGGCAGUGGGCUCGGCCGCCGCAUGGCUACUACUGUGUAAACUUUCUUCAGCAACAAGUGGACAGACAGUGUGGGAUAAAGGAGAGGAGCUGGGAGUGGGGAAGAGCUCUUCUAUGAAUCGUGACUCCGUGCUCCGCAGAUCCAAGUGCUGUUCUCCACUCGUGCAUGCGUAAACCAGAGGACAGCUCUGGUGCCGUGUGCCGGCCAGACGACUAGUGCAAGCCAAGUGGCGACAACAACAGUCCGGAGGCAUGAUUUUGAGACGGGGCUCAGCCGCGGCUGUCUUUCUGCUCUGCUGUCUGCUGAAGGUGUCGGAGGGAUCGGGACAAUUCGAGUUGCAAAUCUUAUCGAUGCACAGUAACGUGAACGGGGAGCUGCUGAGCAGCGUGUGCUGCGGCGGCGGCGGCGGCGCGCGGAGCGGCGCAGCGCGGCGGCCGUGCUCGCGGGACGAGUGCGAUACUUUUUUUAAAGUUUGUCUGAAGGAAUACCAGUCCAGGGUUUCCCCUGCGGGCCACUGCAGCUUCGGCAUGGGAUCUACGCCGGUCCUCGGAGGGAAUACGUUUUCUUUCAAGAACGCUGUCAGGAAUGACAAGUCCAGGAUAGUUUUGCCCUUCAGCUUUGCCUGGCCGAGGUCCUACACGUUGAUAGUGGAGGCUUGGGACUUCAACAACGAAACCACUGGUGCUGAUGGGAAGUUGAUAGAGAAGGCCUCUCACUCGGGCAUGAUCAACCCCAGCCCACAGUGGCAGAAGCUGAUCCACAACGGCCCCUUCGCCAAGUUUGAGUACCAAAUCAGGGUCACCUGUGACGAGCACUACUACGGAUUCGGCUGCAACAAGUUUUGUCGGCCACGGGACGAGUUUUUUGGGCAUUACACAUGUGACUACAAUGGAAAUAAAACGUGCCUGGAAGGCUGGUCCGGACCUGACUGCAACACAGCUAUUUGUCGACAGGGCUGCAGCACUGAACACGGGUCGUGUAAGGAGCCAGGUGGAUGCAAGUGUUUAUACGGCUGGCAGGGACAGUACUGCGACAAGUGCAUCCCCCACCCCGGCUGCGUUCACGGCACCUGCGUGGAGCCGUGGCAGUGCCUCUGCGACACCAACUGGGGCGGCCACCUUUGUGAUAAAGACCUGAACUACUGCGGCACUCACCAGCCAUGCCUGAACGGAGGGACGUGCAGCAACACGGGACCUGACAAGUACCAGUGUACCUGCGCUGAGGGUUACUCUGGAGCCAACUGUGACAGAGCGGAACACGCUUGCCUUUCCAAUCCGUGCGCUAAUGGAGGGAUUUGCUCAGAAACCAGUCAAGGAUACGAGUGUCGGUGUUCCCCGGGCUGGAGGGGGCCCUCCUGCACCAUCGAUGUUGACGACUGCGCUCCGAACCCCUGUAAUCACGGGGGUACCUGCCAGGACCUGGUUAACGGCUACAAGUGCCACUGUCCAUCACAGUGGACGGGGAAGACGUGUCUCAUAGAUGCAAACGAAUGUGAUAGCAAGCCCUGUGUCAAUGCCAACACAUGCCGCAACCUGAUUGGUGCAUACUUCUGCGAGUGCCUGCCCGGUUGGGAGGGGCAGGACUGUGACAUCAAUGAAAAUGACUGCAAGGACCAGUGCCAGAAUGGAGGAACUUGCAAGGACCUAGUGAACGGCUACCGUUGCGCGUGCCCCCCUGGCUUCGCCGGCGAACACUGCGAGCGGGACAUCGACGAGUGCGCCAGCUCGCCCUGCCUGAACGGCGGCCGUUGCCAGGACGACGUGAACGGCUUCCAGUGCCUGUGUCUGACUGGCUUCUCAGGAAAUUUCUGCCAGCUGGAUAUUGAUUACUGCUUGCCCAACCCGUGUCAGAAUGGAGCGCCCUGCUUCAACCGGGCCACAGAUUACCACUGCGCUUGCCCGGAGGACUACGAGGGCAAGAACUGCUCCCACCUGAAAGACCACUGCCGCACCACCUCAUGCAAAGUGAUUGACAGCUGCACAGUCGCCGUGGCGUCCAACAGCACACCAGGAGGAGAGCGCUACAUUUCUUCAAACGUGUGUGGACCGCACGGCCGCUGUCGGAGCCAAGCCGGGGGCCAGUUCAGCUGCGAGUGCAAGGAGGGCUUCAGAGGAACCUACUGCCAUGAAAACAUCAACGACUGCGAGAGCAACCCGUGCCGCAACGGAGGAACCUGCAUCGACAAAGUCAGCGUGUACCAGUGCAUCUGCGGAGACGGCUGGGAGGGCGACCACUGUGAAAUCAACAUAGACGACUGCAGCACCAACCCGUGUCAUAACGGAGGGACGUGUCGAGACCUGGUGACUGAUUUCUUCUGCGAGUGUAAAAAUGGCUGGAAGGGAAAGACCUGCCACUCCCGCGAAAGUCAGUGUGAUGAAGCCACGUGCAACAAUGGAGGCACCUGCCACGAUGAGGGUGACACUUUCCAGUGCAAGUGUUCCCCGGGAUGGGAGGGAACGACGUGCAACAUAGCCAAAAACUCCAGUUGUCUUCCCAACCCAUGUGAGAAUGGAGGUACCUGCGUGGUGACGGGAGACUCGUUCACCUGCGUCUGCAAGGAAGGCUGGGAGGGCCCCACAUGCACGCAGAAUACCAACGACUGCAGUCCCCACCCAUGCUACAACAGUGGAACCUGCGUUGAUGGGGAUAACUGGUACCGCUGCGAGUGCGCCCCAGGCUUCGCCGGCCCAGACUGCCGCAUCAAUAUUAACGAGUGCCAGUCCUCUCCAUGCGCCGCGGGCUCCACCUGUGUGGACGAGAUCAACGGAUAUCGCUGCCUGUGUCCGCCAGACAUGACCGGACCCCACUGCCAAGAAAUGACAAGAAAGCACUGCUUAGUUAAUGGACACGUCACAACCGAUGGAACCAAAUGGGAUGAAGACUGCAACAUGUGUCAAUGCUCCAAUGGGAAAGUCGUGUGCACAAAGAUGUGGUGCGGGCCGGGAUCUUGCAAACUGGGUGCAAAAGGGCGAGGCGGGUGUCCGCUGGGCCAGAGCUGCAACGCUCUCAGAGAGGGCCACUGCUUCGUGAAGCCCUGCGUCGAGGUUGGAGAGUGCUGGCACGCCAACCCCCCCCAGCCUCCCAUCAAAUGCCACUCCAGCGCCUAUUACCAAGACAACAGCUGCGCCAACAUCACCUUCACCUUCAACAAGGACAAGAUGCGACCAGGCUUGACUGUAGAAGGAGUAUGUGAGCAGCUGAGGAACUUGGACGUAGUUAAGAAUUUCUCCUUGGAGCAUUCAGUGUCUAUAACCUGUGACCCGUCGUUCUCUGCCAGCAACGAGAUCCACGUCAGCAUUUCUACUGAAGACCACCGCUUGGAUCACAGUCCUAUUAAAGAGAUCACAGACAAGAUCAUUGACCUGGUCAGCAAACGGAACGGGAACAACACCAUCAUCUCGGCCAUCGUCGAAGUGCGUGUGCCAAGACCCAGCAAAACUGACUACCUGGUCCCCCUCCUGAGCUCCAUCUUCAUCGUCAUCUGGGUCCUCGUGCUGGUCUCCAUUUUGCUGUGGUGCAUGCGACGAAGGCGGAAACAGAGCAACCACAACGGGGCGCCGGCAACGGGCUCCGAGGACAACACCACCAACAAUGUGCGGGAGCAGCUAAACCAGAUCAAGAACCCUAUAGAAAAGCACGUGGGCCUCACUGUGGCCAUUAAAGACUACGAAAAUAAGAACUCAAUGAUUGCCAAAAUAAGGACAAAUCAUCCUGAGGGGGAUGAGGACGACAAGGAGAGGCACUUACAGAAAGGCCGCUUUGCCAAACAGCCAGCAUACACACUGGUGGAGAGGGAUGAGAAGGCGCCCGUCUCCAAUCCCAAUUCAACAUCCAAGCACCCUAACUGGACUAAUAAACAGGACAACAGAGUCUUGGAGACGGCAAACAGCAUAAACAGGAUGGACUACAUUGUAUAGCAGACAGCUGUGUUGCUGUGCAACCAAGCCUUAUGCCUUCACACCCAGGUGGUGGGUGGAACCGGGGAGCCUUGGCAUGUGUAGUUAGUAAAUGGUCAUGUCAUUUGUGACCCCACAGUAUUUUCAGAUAUUCCCCGUGUUAAUUUAAGUUUUGACAAGCUGGCUUACACUGGCAGUGACAGUUGCUUUGGUUGGCUGGAAAAACAAGGCACUGGUCUACAUUUCACUGUAGAACAAUUUGCAAAAGUGUCCUCGUGUGCAUUUCAUUCCCCUCCCCACCUUUUUUUUUUUUUCUUCAAUUUUCCUCAAUUCAGUGUGUGCAUGGAGGGAGCUUCUGGUGUAAUUGUUGUACAAUGACUAAAACAACCCGACGUGUUCGACACUAGAGCUAAUUAUUUUUAGUUUGUGUUUGCAUUCCUUCUAGUUCUGUUUGGAGAAGGUGCCUUUUCAGCUUUAGACUUCAGCAACUGUCAAACGAGAGAAAAGAUCCACUUUAUUAUUUAUUUUUUAUUUUGUGGGGGAGGGGAGGGAGAAGAAAGGGUUCAAUGUCAGCAGUUGCUGCCAAUAUGAAGAAUUUAUGUGACAAUUUAGAACAUGUAGAUAUGUACAUUUUUUUUUUUAUUAAUCAUUGUGUAUAUUUGAUUUAUUAACUUAAUAAUCAAGAGCCUUAAGAUAUCAUUCCUUUUAUUUAUGUUAUGUCUAGUUUGAAGGUUUUGAUAGCUGCAGAAGCCUACCAUUUCUUUCAUCGGCUUUUUUUUUCCUCCCCAAAGAGUUCAAUAAAAUCCAAAUUUCAAAGAACUUAAGACAAAGGAUGGGCACUUUGGGCCUGACAAAUGUUUUUUUUUUUUUUUUUUUUUCUCUUCCACUCACACAUUUGACAUUUCAGCAUUUGUUGCUAAGACCUUUUUAAUUGAAGACAAGUUGAGGUUAUGACAACAAAAUAUCACAGCUGCUGCAAGGGUUAGACAUGGUGGCAGACAUAUUGCUUGCCACUAAUGGAUAAAUACUUAAGGGAACAAAAAAAUUCUUCAGCAGCUUCAGUUUAACCCGUUGAUUUAUUUCGAAGGCUGUCGCCAACUUGCGAGGCAAGUCGCAUCAAUGACACGCCAGAAAUUCCCAUCUGCUUUAGUCAGCGUAAUAUCAUAAGCUAGACCAGGAGUACUUGAACAGUAGGGGGGCAAUGGGAACACUGUAGGAGCUGAUAAUACACUGCCUUGCUCUGCUAGUCUGCUUCGUUUCUGUGCACAUUUUUCUCUAAAAAAACAAAACAAAAAAAGAGGCUCUUAAGACACAUUUUCUCUCAUUUGUUAACCCUUUUGAGAUCGUGGCAACAUUUUGUCCCUUUUUUUUUUGACUUUUUGUGUUAUGAACUUGAUAAUUAUGUGUUGAUCUGGCAAUAUAUUUUUGAAAGUCAUAUUUAUUAAAUAUUUUGUAUGAAAAGAGAAUUAAAGUCCGUCUUUCU